AUGGCGGGGGCACGGCAGCCUCGGGCUGCUCCCCGCAACGACACCACCGUCACGGUGGCGCUGCGCCGUCGUCUGCUGCAGGGCUCUGACGACGCCAACGCCGCGGUGGUGCGGGUGAGUUGGCGCCGCCGCGACCUCGCGCUGCGGACGCCGCCGCCGUGGCGGCCCUCGCGCACUGCCGGUGCGGAGAAGUCGAGGGCGCAGGGCCGGGGGCCGCGGAAGGGUCAGCCGCUGUGCGCCAGGUGUCGGCUCAGCAGGCGGGAGUGGCAGUACUGCGGCCUAACGGGUGAGCAGCACGUCGUGGAGGAGUAG